GUAUUACCAACAACGAGUCCGUUGACAGACAGCACCCUCGACGUCCUUGUCGUUGAACGCGCAGGUCUGGGCUUGUUUGACGGGCCAGGGCCAUUGCCCAUUUCAGACGGGACGCUCCGGGGAGGAAGGAUGGCGAAGACACGGUCUAACUUCGGUCUUGUUGGUUUGAUAGUCGCUGGGACGGUCUUAUUAGUACUAAGCAUUAUCGGGCUGGUGAUUAUAGUCAAAUCGAAGGAAUUUUAUUGCAGCAUUGAGAGGUAUGGAGUCGUCUUCGAUGCCGGUUCUUCGCACACAUCAAUGGCUGUGUAUCAAUGGCUAGACGAAACCACUAAUGGAACAGGUGUGGUGUCACAACUGGCUUACGUAAGGGAUUGCACGGAAGAAGGCAUAGGUUUUUACGCUGAUAACCCGGAGGAGAUUGUGCCUGGCCUGGAGAAGUGUCUUGAUAGCGCUGAGUUUGUCCUUCCGGAGUUCGGCCAUUGGGACACGCCUGUCUAUUUGGCAGCAACAGCAGGCAUGAGACUAUUGACUGAGACUAACCCAGAUGGCAGUGAUGCUAUUAUGAAGACUGUUCGAAGCACUCUCGCCAGCUCGCCGUUCGCCUUCGAGGAUCAGGCGAGACAAGCGGCCAUACUGUCCGGAGAAACCGAGGCCACAUUGGGCUGGAUAUCAUCCAACUAUCUUGCAGGAAAUCUGGGCGUGGAACCGGCUACAGGUGACUCCAUCAAUGAUCUGACAGGAAGCAAAACAAUUCCAACCAAGCCGACCGUCGGUGCUCUGGACCUUGGCGGGGCGUCCACGCAGAUUACAUUCAUACCGGAGGAUCCCCGUAAGAUACCCGUCGAAAACCGCGCCAAUCUCCGCUUAUACGGAAAGGACUACGUUGUUUACACACACAGUUUCUCAUGCUAUGGUGCCAAUGAAGCACGCAGACGCGUUCAGGCUUCUCUUGUAAAAGGCUCUGGAUUCGCUGAUGUCACCAGUAAUCCAUGUGCACCUUUGGGAUACAACUACACCUUAACAAGCGCAAACCUGUGGAAGGCACCAUGCAGCGCAAGACCGAAUGUGCCGGGAGUUUCAGAUGAACUUAUGGAUAAAACAGAAUACCAGUUAACAGGUACAGGUGACCCCGAGGAAUGCUAUAGGAUUAUCAAGACAUUGUUUGACUUUGACGCCGAAUGUGCCGUACCGCCUUGCACUUUCGACGGAGUUCACUUGCCUCCUCCAUUCGGGGCCUACAAGGCGUUCACUGGCUACGCCUACACCUGGAGUGGCAUUGGAUUGGAACCAUCACCUACGAUAGAAGAGUAUAUUGAGAAAGCAGAGGAAUUUUGUAGACUAACAUACAGUGAGCUUGUACUUCUGGGAAAGAUUGACAAAUACAACCUAAGAUACUGCUUUCAAAGUAUGUACGUCCGAGCGCUUCUUUUAGACGCGUUUAAGUUCAACCAAGAAAAUUGGAACAUAGAAUUUACACUCGAGGUGAAUGGUGUCACACUAGGCUGGGAUCUGGGUUACAUGGUAGACGCCACAAACCGCAUCCCCGAAGAGGCUGCAUGCGUUGGUCUGACUCCCUCCAUCUUCGCUGGGCUGGUCGUCAUCUUCAUCGUGAUCUGUAUUCUGGGCAUUGUUAUUCUUGGUCUGAGUAUCACGAAUUAUACCAAGAAAUCCGGGUCCUCAAAGGAGCAAUCUUACCAGCCGGCUCCUCAGAAUGUUGACGCCUGACUUGACCAAGCUUCAGUUUCGCCUGCAAUAUUCUUUAGUUAUUUCAACAUGCAUAAUAAUUAUUACCUUUACUUGAGGUUAAUUUUGCCAAGCACUUUGUCUCUGGUCUCGAAACUUUGUAAUGUACACAAAAGCCGUAUGAAAUUGACCUGUGGUUUAAUCCUAAAAUGAAGACAUUCGAUCAAAACAUGACUGAUGGCAGGCAAGGACCAAUGAUGUAUCUUGUGUGUGCUUGUGGGGGAUGUCCGGACCAGAAUUUACCCUCAUGAUGAGUUCAUGAUGCUCAAGCCCUUCCCUAAGGUUGCGUCACGGGAGACUGGGAUAUAGAUCUACAUCAGAACUAGUAUUUUAAGAGUAAUCUCCCUUUUCAGAGAGUACUUUUUAAUGAAGAACUAGGGAACAAGCCCCCAAGCUAUCUUCCCCUUUGGUUGCGCCAAUCAUGGUGAGGAUUUCCCAGCUUUAGAGAUUUCAUUGGUCGAUACGUAGGCAUGACAACCCUUCUUUGUCUGAUUGGCCAAUAGACCUUUAUCAUGAUGCUCCCAUUUUUGUCUUGCCUCUGUACACCAAAUAACAAAGCUAGUACAACUUUACAUAUUGAUAAAAGGAAACAGACUAUUUUUCUUUCGGCCUGAGUUUGGUUACAAACUUUACCGCUUCCCAUAUAUCACGUAUCUUUUCAUUUCAUAAUCAAAUCGAACGUUCUUUCAUGUUGAUUUUUAUUUCAACAUAGGCCUACUGGUGUUAGAUAAAGUUCUCAAAAUGGAUGGCUUUUUAGCUACAGUUACUGUUAACUUCAAUUUUAUGAAUGGAAAUAAAAACUGAAUUUUUUUUAUCUCUAUUUUCUCCUGAAAGCUAUAAGGUACUAAAAGCGUUUCUCCGAUCUCAGAAACCUUCAUUUUAACAAAUUCAAAUUAUAAUUGUUAACAAGAGCAUAAUUGUACAUUGAAAUAUUCUAUUUCAGAUUUUAAGAAAAUCAUGUAAAUCGUACCUUUGGUCGUUGUUGACACAAAAAACUUGAAAUAUGUGAGUAUGUUAAUAAAAAUUAAUAAUGAUUAACCAUUAGUUAAACUUUUUGUAGCAUAUCCAAAAUAAAAUAGUUUGAUAAAACGAA